AUGGGACGUGAUGGUAAACGAAGUUGGUAUAAUGGCGAUCGCAGGGAAGCCAAAAGAAACCGAGUAAAUACUGCUCAGUACGAUGAAAAACGACCCGAGCACUUGGUCGUUGGUGAAAAGAAACCAAAACGUAAAGCUGCUUGCCUUGUAGGGUACUGCGGUACUGGUUAUCACGGUAUGCAAUUGAAUCCUCCUAGUAGAACGAUUGAAGGAGACCUUUUCGACGCGUUUGUCAAGGUUGGUGCCGUGUCUUCUUACAACUCGGAUGAUCCAAAGAAAGUCGCUUUAGCUCGUGCUGCACGUACCGAUAAGGGUGUUCAUGCUGCUGGAAAUGUCAUCACGUUAAAACUAAUAAUGGAGGAUGAGCAAUUGAUCGAAAAAGUCAACCAGCAUCUUCCUCCUUCUAUCCGCGUUUGGGAUGUUAUCCGUACGAUUAACUCCUUUAACCCUAGAACGUACUGCGAAUCUCGUAUCUAUGAGUACCUGAUUCCUACUUAUGCUUUCGUCCCCCCGAAGCCCACUUCUGUGUUGGGUCAGUGCAUUGCCAGAAACUCUCCUAUGCCAAAUGAACCUAUUGAUGAAAAUGACAUCAACCAGGUGAGCCGCAAGAUUUUCUACGAAGAGGGAAAAGAGUUUUGGGAUAAGUACAAAGAAAUGGAAGCUGCUAUUUUGGAGGCCUAUAACGCAGACCCUGAGAAUUUUGUCAAUCCCUUUUCUAAGAAAGCUGCCGCCGCUGCCGCUUCUGCUGAAGGAAACGAGAGCGUCAAACAUUGGGAGUCAUCUGUGCCCCCUUCUGAGGAGAAUGCUCAAAAACCCACUCCUGUUAAUCCACCUGAGGAGGAAGCCAGCACAGAAGAGCUCCAAAGAAAUGGUUCAAAAGAUGAAGAGACUUCUGCUCCAACACCAGAGGAAAGUCAAUCUGAUGCCUCUACACCCAAAAGUGAUCCAGCUAUGAGACUUGACCGUGCUUUAAAAAAUGCAGAAAUGCAGCUACUAAAGGAGUAUCGAAUCUCUGAAAAGAGAUUACGAGUUAUUAGAGAAACUCUGGAUUGCUAUGUUGGAAAUCAUAACUUUCACAACUUUACCGUCGGGCAAGCGUUUUACCAAAAAAACAGUAACCGAUUGAUACGCUCUUUUAAGGCUUCUGACCCAAUUAUAAUUGGUAACACUGAGUGGAUUUCCUUGAAGGUACACGGACAGUCAUUUAUGUUACACCAAAUCCGAAAAAUGAUAGCUUUGGCCGUGCUAAUGGUUCGCACUGGGUGCAACUUGAGUCGCAUUCAAGAUGCUUUUAAAAAAACAAAAGUAAAUAUCCCUAAAGGCCCUGGAUUUGGUCUUUUGUUAGAGUCUCCUUUCUUCAAAGGUUAUAAUGAGCACAAGGCUCCGGAUAAUGAUCGAGAUCCUAUUGACUUUAAUAAGUACUCUGAAAGUAUAGAAAAGUUUAAACACGCUCACAUUUACGAUAAAAUUUUCCUAGAGGAAAGUCGGAAACAAGUUUUCCAUUGCUUUUUGACCUUCAUAGACAGCUAUAAGGAGAUUGACUUUCAAUAUCUUUCGGAUAUUGGCAUCACUGCUGAAGAAGAAAAGAUCGCCGAAAACGGACUACCAGAUGAAUUGUCUAGUGAAGACGAGGAUGAUGCAAAGACCAAUAAGGAUGAAUUAGAAGGAUAA